AUGCAGGUCCGUUUGGCUGGUGAAUUACACCAGAAUGCUGCCGUUCCGUUGGGUCCCUGUGGACUGGAUGAAGUCAAACAGUUUCAGACGUACCUUUCCAGUUACCAGAUCAAUAUUGUGUCCAAAGAUCAUCAGAACGCUCUUAUUUAUACUGGCCCUGAUCAGGAAAAGAGAAUUUAUCUCUAUCUUCACGAUAAUCAUUACGACGUUAUUACCAAAAUGCCAGGGUUUUUUGAGCGAUCGUACUACUGUCAUACAUGUAAGAAAGCUUAUGAUCAUCGAGAAGAUCACCUAUGCCCGAAUGCUUGUCAGUGUUGUCGUUUUCCCGAUUGUCCCAUCGAGUCUUGGGUUCACUGCAAUGAUUGUAACCGGAUGUUCAAAAGUCAAGCGUGUUUCGAUCGGCAUAAACAGUCAAGCGGAAAAUCGAUCUGUGCGACGAUGAUUAAAUGUCCUGACUGUCAUAGACUUAUCAAACGAGGUCCGAGAGAUCCCGAGAAACACCAUUGUGGCAUGACAAAAUGCUUAAUAUGUAAAGAGUACACUCGACCCGGCGACCAUCGGUGUUACAUGCAGCCCGUGGAAAAACGAAACGAAGGUUUAUCGGACAGUGACGAUUCGUCUGAGCACCCUGAGGAUGAUGUUACGGAAGGCGGGUACGACCAGAUGUUAUUCUUUGAUUUCGAGUGUCGUCAGGAAAAUGGAAAUCAUGAACCCAAUUUAUGUGUGAUUCAGAACGAAGCCGGUGACGAAUGGGUAUUUGAAGGGGAUAACACACGGAACGAGUUUUGUGAAUGGUUAUUUCAAAAGGAACGGGCAAAUUGUGUGGUGAUGGCUCACAAUUUCCAGGGGUAUGACAGUUACUUUAUUCUCCAGUACUUACGGGAGAACGGUGUCAAGUACGAUGUCAUCGUGCGCGGGGCCAAAGUCCUUUCCUUAUCC